UCGGUCUCCUAAUUAACUCUAAACUUCCUACCUGGAGUUGAAGUCCUCGGCACAUUUGCUCAGAUUCUGAAGCGAGUGCUGGUUUUCUUCCGGGAAGGAGCAGGCUUUGAACAUGGGGAUUGCUGAGCCUCUCGUGGGGUCCUUAUUUCUGUCUAAAAGAAUCUACUUGGUGACCCUGUUGGCUUUUCUUACAUUGCUUCAUACCUGUAGAAUGGAUGCAGUUCUUGAUUCUAAGCCAAAUAUCAUUCUGAUGCUGGCUGAUGAUCUUGGAAUUGGAGAUAUAGGCUGUUUUGGUAACACUACUAUCAAGACCCCUAACAUUGACCAACUAGCUAAGGAAGGAGUGAAACUUACUCAGCAUAUUGCAGCAGCCUCACUUUGUACCCCAAGUAGAACGGCUUUUCUGACUGGCAGAUACCCCAUCAGAUCAGGCAUGGCUUCAAGAAAUACCUAUCGAGCUUUGCAGUGGAAUGCUGGCUCAGGAGGACUUCCAGUCAAUGAGACAACUUUUGCCAAGAUGCUACAACAGCAAGGCUAUGCCACAGGCCUUAUAGGGAAAUGGCAUCAAGGUGUAAACUGUGAUACUAUCGAUGAUUAUUGCCACCAUCCUUUGAAUCAUGGCUUUGAUUAUUUUUAUGGCAUGCCCUUCACACUUUUGAACAAUUGUCAGGAUAACAAACCUCCAGAACUGGAUAGAGCCUUUCAAGCUAAACUAUGGUUCUAUACUCAAGUCUUUAGUUUUGCAGUACUCACAUUGCUUAUUGGAAAAAUUACUGGGUUGGUGUACAUUCCUUGGAAAGUGGUCGUCUUCCUUGCUUUGUUUAAUUUCCUAUUUUUUGCUUCAUGGUACUCCUGCUAUGGUUUUGUGAAAUACUGGAACUGUAUCUUGAUGCGCAACUAUAAUAUCACUGAACAGCCUAUGAAACUGGAAAGAACAACUUCUAUUUUACUAAAUGAAGCACUUUCUUUUAUACAAAGGAAGAAACACAAGCCAUUUCUCCUGUUUGUUUCGUUUCUGCAUGUCCAUACACCUUUGUUUACAACUGAAAAAUUUGUGAGAAAGAGCAAACAUGGUAUAUAUGGAGACCAUGUAGAAGAACUGGACUGGUUGGUAGGUCAGAUUCUUAAUGCUGUUGACAAGGAAGGCUUGCGAAAUAGUACCUUUGUCUACUUUGCUUCAGACCAUGGAGGCCACCUGGAAGGUCAAGAAGGAACAAUACAGGUUGGGGGUUGGAACAGCAUUUAUAAAGGGGGAAAGGGCAUGGGAGGCUGGGAAGGAGGUAUCCGUGUUCCGGGCAUAGUUCGAUGGCCAAGAAUGUUGCCGGCAAACAUUGCUCUUGAUGAGCCAACAAGCCUCAUGGAUAUUUUUCCCACAGUGAUUCAUUUGGCUGGAAAAGAUGUGCCCCAGGACAGAAUAAUUGAUGGACGAAAUCUUCUACCUUUAUUGCAACAAAAAGUUAAACAUUCGGAACAUGAAUUCCUGUUUCAUUACUGUGGAAGUUAUUUACAUGCAGUACGGUGGCAUCAAAAAGACAGUGGUGCUUUAUGGAAGGCUCAUUACGUGACACCAAUAUUUUCCACUGAAGGUGCAGGGGGUUGUUAUGGAAAAGGAAUCUGUCCAUGUUCUGGAGAAGGUGUCAUCCAUCACUUUCCUCCUUUGCUAUUUGACCUCUCAAGAGAUCCAUCAGAGGCCAUGCCUUUAUCAAAGAUCACUGAACCACUCUUUCAGGAAAUUCUUAAGAAAAUAGAUGAGGCUGUGGAGAAGCAUCGCAGAACUCUUACUCCUGUCCCACAACAGCUCUCUUACUACAACAUCAUUUGGAAACCAUGGCUCCAGCCAUGCUGUGGGACAUUUCCAUUCUGUUGGUGCGACAAGGAAGGUGCUAACAUCCAUUCAAAUUAAUAGAGACUACCCAAAAAUUAUAUUAAAUGAAAAUUAAAUUCAAAACUGAGAAUUUCAAUUAAUAUUAUGAACUUCUUCAAUUUGAUUUUUUUUUCAAUUAACCUUUCUAUCUUUUUGGGGAUAACAGUUUUUUAAAAAAAUAUUGAGACAGUACUGGGGGAAUUAUCACAAAUUCCAAUCAUGUAUAUUUUACCAAAUGGUCUUAAUAAAGCUUUUUGCAAAGCGCUUAGCCAACUAGUUGUUAGACUGGUUGAAUCACACCACAGAAGGAAACAUUUUUAAAAAUGUAAGAUGUUUCACAAGGCAACAAUGGAAGUGUGCACCAAAUCCAAUAGUUGCAACCUAUAUGUAUUUAGUGCCUCUGUGCAACAUGAAAGAGGAUACAACCAGAACAUCUUAGCUCUUAAUCUGGUAAUCUUUCUCUUCUUUCUGUCCAGACUUUAUAUUAAGAUAGCAAAACUGAUGAGCAGACAGUAAGCAUAUUUUCCUUUUAUCUUUUAUAAAAGUUAAUAUUACCUAGCUUGUUAUUCAAUUACUCUUUUGUAAUCUGUGCAAAUAAGCAGUAUCAGUAAGGCCAAAAAGAAGGUGAAAACAUUUGUCUUUAAGGAUUUGUUACUAAACUAAAAGCCAAGCUUAAGGAAUGUAAAGCAAACAAAGGAGUCAGAAAUUAUUGCCUUGAAGCUGUCUGGUCAAGAGCAUGUUAUACAGCAUAGACAAGUGAUUCAAAUAUUAAACUUCUGAAUUUACAAAGGGAAAUAAUGAUGAGGAUGCUUUUCUAAUAGAAGAAACUAUUUGUAACUCAGUAUUGGACUAUGAAAUAAGGAGUGCUUUCUCAGUUGUUUGCAGAUGUUUCACUCCCCAAUGAGUAACAUCCUCUGUGUAAGUUUCUGUUGUAAUUUGUCCUAUAUUUAUUCUCUUAAAAAGCAGGAAGAAUCAUAAUACUUUUAAAGUUUUUAAAAUAAAGCUUUUCAUCCCAAACAUGGGGAAGAAGUGGUGUUAGAGGUGAGAACUAUUCCAUCUGUGCAAACAGAAAAUGCACCAUAUUGUAAAUAGAUAGAGCAAAACAACCUGGAUGGUGAAAUGCAGAAAAUAGCAAAUCACGAUUCUUGCUUGGUCCAAAGUGGUUCAAAAGGGGAUGUGGGAAGCCAGAAGAAGAAGGAAAUGGAAAGUUAAAGAGCUUCAAUUACCAAGUAUUAUUUAAAUAUUCUUCAAACUUUCGUUCUCAAAAAAGUGUUAUCACCAACUCUGAUAGUUGUGCCAUAAAGUGGUAAAAUGUUUAUAUUUUUCUUCAUCAGCUCUUAUCUACAAUUUAACUGAAUGCAUAUCACCUAGAAUGGGAUUCAAAUAAUAUUAAUGUAAAUUUGCAUGGUUAUGAUUUUAAAGUAACACUAAUUAUUUUAAAGUAAAGCAAUUGCCAUUUUGUAUCCACCUGUGCAAUAUUAAUAAAUAAAAAAAUGUGUUAUGGUUUUUGAAUAAUACCAAGUACAUUAAAUAAAGUAAAAAAACCUUUUUCUUAAUACUUGUAUUAGUUACAG